UGUGGAACCACCGUCAUUACAUGAGAGGCAGUGAAUUCGAGUCACUUAUAUUUAUUUUGGCACGUUGACGGAUCAUGAGAGGAGCUUUCUACCAGACUAUGCAACUGAAAACAACGGCGGUAGGCCUCACACCAUCCUGGGGCUUUCCUACUGAGAGUGAACGGAAAGUAGCGUCCGCUUGCUUGGCGUGAAGUCCGGCUUUGGACCGCUGGACGCCGGUGCGUCGCAGUAACUGGUGGAGUGCAAGAGCGACAUCUGGCGUUACCUGAAAGCAAUCAUGACCGGGGUGUGUGGUUGUUGUGGGGCACUGAGGCCACGCUACAAGAGACUGGUGGACAACAUCUUCCCCGAAGACCCAGAGGAUGGGUUGGUAAAGGCUAACAUGGAGAAGCUGACUUUUUACGCCCUAUCAGCUCCUGAGAAGUUGGAUCGGAUCGGGGCGUACCUGUCUGAGAGACUGUCCCGUGAUGUAGCUAGACACCGUUAUGGGUACGUGUGUAUUGCGAUGGAAGCCCUCGACCAGCUGCUAAUGGCCUGCCACUGUCAGAGUAUCAACCUGUUUGUGGAGAGUUUCCUGAAGAUGGUGCGAAAACUCCUGGAGGCUGACAAGCCCAACCUGCAAAUCCUGGGAACAAAUUCAUUUGUGAAGUUUGCUAACAUCGAGGAGGACACUCCCUCAUAUCAUCGCAGUUAUGAUUUCUUCGUGUCGCGGUUUAGCGAGAUGUGCCAUUCCAGCUUUGAGGACCCUGACAUCCGCACCAAAAUCCGAAUGGCUGGCAUUAAAGGUCUGCAGGGAGUAGUGAGGAAGACCGUGAACGAUGAGUUGCAGGCGAACAUCUGGGACCCUCAGCACAUGGACAAGAUCGUCCCCUCGCUGCUCUUCAAUCUGCAGUCUGGUGAAGGCACAGAGAGUCGCUCUCCCUCUCCGCUGCAGGCCAGUGAGAAGGAGAAAGAAAGCCCAGCUGAGCUGACGGAGCGCUGCUUUCGGGAACUGCUGGGCCGUGCCGCCUAUGGCAACAUCAAGAACGCAGUCACCCCUGUGCUUAUGCAUCUUGAUAAUCACUCUCUGUGGGAAGGCAAAACAUUUGCAGUGCGCUGCUUUAAGAUCAUCAUGUACUCCAUUCAGUCUCAGCAUUCUCAUCUGGUCAUCCAGCAGCUCUUGGGCCAUUUAGAUGCCAACAGUAAGAGCUCAGCCACAGUGCGUGCUGGGAUAGUGGAGGUCCUUCUGGAGGCGGCUGCCAUCGCUUCCAGUGGCUCUGUUGGCCCCACGGUGCUGGAGGUGUUCAACACGCUGCUCCGGCAUCUGAGGCUCAGUGUGGACUAUGAACUCACAGGAUCCUAUGACUGCACCAACAUAGGCACCAAGAUCAUCAAGGAGCACGAGGAGAGACAGCUACAGGAAGCCGUCAUCAGGACUAUCGGCUCAUUUGCAAACACGUUACCCACGUAUCAGUGCUCGGAAGUGAUGCUGUUCAUCAUGGGAAAGAUCCCUAUUCCAGGCAUGCAUUUCACACUGCCCUCUACAGGCUCAGGGCCUGAAGGAAACCGAAUGAUCCAAGUCAUGCUGUUGAAGUCCUUGAGACAGGUCACAUGUGGUUUUCAGACGACUAACAUGCUGACAGCUCUGCCCAACUCCUUUCUGGACCCAUUGCUGUCAUUUGCUCUGCUAGAGGAUGCAGAAAUUCGGCUGCUGGUUCUGGAAAUUCUGGUCAGCCUCAUCGAUCGCCACGAUAACCUCCCCAAGUUCUCCACCAUCAGUAUCAUCUCUGAUAUCUCUGUGCUUAAGCUCAAAGUGGACAAGUGCUCACGUCAAGACAACCUCUUCAUGAAGAAGCAUGCGCAGCAUCUGUACAGACACAUUUACCUGUGCAGUAAGGAACAGAGCAGCGUGCAGCCUCACUUUGAGAAGCUCUACUCACUCCUGGCCCUCAUCAGCAUGGAGCUGGCCAACGAAGAGGUGGUGGUGGACCUUAUCCGCGUGGCGCUCGCUCUACAGGACUUGGCACUGAGCGGUGAGGAGGCGUUACCGGUGUAUAACCGCUGUGCUGUUCAUGCCCUGUCCUCUGCUUACCUCAAUCUCAUCAGUCAGCUCACCACCGUUCCAGCGUUCUGCCAACACGUUCAUGAGGUGAUUGGAAUGAGACAAAAAGAAAUUCCUCACCUGUUACCUGAGGAUGUCUUCGUUGAAAACCCAACGAUUCCUAAGACACUGGAGAAGCUGGAAGGAGAGGUGUUGUUCCAACAGGCCAAGAUCACUGAGGUUCUUGGAGGAAGUGGCUACAACACUGAACGACUAGCUACACCUUACGUCCCUCAGUUUACAGAUGAAGACCGGCUGUCAAAGAGAAAGAGUGUUGGAGAAACAAUAUCUCUCCAGGUGGAGGAAGAGUCCAGAAACAGUCCGGAGAAAGAGGAGAGAACACCAGCUGAAGAAAUCACUUUUGAAACACUGAAAAACGCCAUCGUGGACAGUGUAGGCGUGGAGGAACAGGAGAAGGAACGCAGGAGACAGGUGGUUGAGAAGUUCCAGAAGGCCCCCUUUGAGGAAAUAGCUGCCCACUGUGGUGCCAGAGCUUCAAUGCUGCAGAGCAAACUUAAUCAAAUCUUUGAAAUCACGAUCAGGCCUCCUCCCAGUCCAUCUGGAACCAUCACAUCAAGUUACGGCCAAACCCAGAGUCGCUCAGUUCCCGUUUAUGAGAUGAAGUUCCCGGACUUGUGCGUUUACUAGUGCAGCUCAACUCAGGAUUCAGGAACCUUCAGUAGCAGCCAGAGGUGCAGAGAGCUGGAGGGUUUUAACUAUUCAAUGAUAUUUUGAUGUUAUAAUGCAGGAGAACUAAGAGGUCAUCCCUCCUCUAUCCUAUAAACCUCAUUGCUGGAUUGUCCCAUUCCCCGACCUAUGCUGUUACUGUAGAGUGUACACAGUAACUGUUGGAAGAAUUUUGGACAUUUGGGUUCAGUUACACUGAAGUUUUCCCGAUGUAAAAAAUAUUUCCCACAUAUUCUUAGUUAUUCUGCUCCUCCAUAAUAAAAUCAGCUCACAUAUAUGUAUUUGGGCAAGUAUUGAAGCAAAAUUCCAACUCAACUGGGGCACAAAACCUAUUAAGAACAUGUCCGAGUAAUAUUUCACCCCAAAAUAAAUAAGUAAAUUAUAUUUUGAA